AUGGCGGCUGCUAUCAAGGCAAUUAACGCGAAGAUCCGCUCUAACUCGGUGCUGGACUAUGUCUGCUCAACCCACUUCUGGGGCCCUGUCUCCAACUUCGGUAUCCCCAUUGCCGCCGUGAUGGACACACAGAAGGACGCUGAGAUCAUCUCCGGCCCCAUGACCGGUGCCCUCGUCGUCUACGCUGCCACCUUCAUGCGCUACUCCCUCGCUGUUACCCCCAAGAACUACCUCCUCUUCGCAUGCCACGUAACCAACUUCGCUGCCCAGGGUACUCAGGCAGUCCGUUAUCUGAACUACUGGAAGUUUGGAGGCCGGGAAAAGCAGCUCGCCGAGCAGGCUGCUAAGGGCAGCGCAGCUGCCGAAGCUGGUGCUUAA